AUGAACCUGGAUAGCCUCCCGCCGUUUACCACGGUAUGGGUGGUCGGCGCUGUGUCGUUGAUCAUCCUGGAAAAACUGGACUUUGUGUCGCAGUACCAGCUCUUUUAUUCGUCGUACCUCACCUUUCACAUGCGACAGUACUGGCGUGUGCUCACCACGUUCCUGUACUUUGGUUCUAUUGAUAUGUCUUCGCUAUUCCACCUGUUCAUGGCGAUGCGGUACUCGUACAUGCUCGAGGUGCAGGCGUACGGAGCGUCGCGCCGCGCGGAAUAUGCAUGGAUCCUGUUGAUCGCGUCCAUCAUGCUCCUGCUAGCUAGCUCGGUGGUCCACAUGCCGUUCCUGUCGGAUGGGUUGUCGUACGUGCUCAUGUACCUGUGGAGCCGCAAGAACCGCCACAUACGCAUGGCCUUCUUUGGCCUGCUGGUCUUCACAGCUCCUUACCAGCCAUUCGUGUACACGGCGAUGAACUGGGCCCUGCGCGGGUUCAAGCUGGAUAUACUCGAUGAGGUCGCUGGGCUGUGUAUUGGCCACCUCAUUUAUUUCUUCUCCGAACUUUGGCCCCGUGAAUUCGAGUCACAUGGCUACAAACCACUCCAGCCGCCCGAGCUAUGCAAGCGGAACAAUGAGCGCGCAGCCAAGAAGGCUGUUGCGUCGCGCGUCAAGGGCAAGGAGGAGAAGGAGGACAAGCCCAAGAAAGUAGGCAAAGGAGAAGAGGACAAGCCCGAGCCGCAGCCCAAGGCGGCGCCGCCCCCGCCAAAGGUCGUGUCGUUUCCUCGCCCCUCGUCGAAGCGCGCGCCGCGCCCCACGAGCUUUUUGCGCGGAAAGGAGGCUGAUGCCGCGCGUCUCGUGCGCCUGGAAGAGUUCACGGACGGGCAAGACAUUGCCGUGCAGACCGUCAAGCCCCUGCGCAAGAUGAACGUCUCGCGACUUGCACACGGCCUGGACCGUGUUUUGUUCAACCCCGGCGUGCAUUGGUUGCGUGAUAAGCGUACCGGCAUUUACAACUACGAGCCGCGCAUUCGGGACGUGUUGGACGUGGACCUGUUCGACUACGAUGCGCUCCCUCCCUAUCUCACGUCCAGCAAGGACCCAGAGCUCUUGGAGAUUACCAAGAAGCAAGGCAAGAAGUACUGCGGAAGUACGAGCAGCAUGACCGGCUUGCUGAGCCACUGCUACUACCUGUUGAGCCGCUGGAAGGAGCCGGAGUUGCAUGGCUUUAGUCCCAGCUUUAGCGAUAUGCCGACCGGCUUUAGCGAAGGCGCCAAGCUCCCGAUUUCGGUGCGCCUGCAGCGACAGCCGAGCGGCUUUUAUGCGAUUGAUGCCGACAAAGGCAGCGACGGCGAGGUGGACAACUCCAACUAUGUCCUCACGUCGCUCGGCAAGAGUCUUGAAAAAUUUUUGACCGCGCCGGUGAAAGAAUAUACCAUGUACGAGCGGGUCAACAGCCACAAGCUGCCCAAGAAAGCGCGCGAGCAAAAAGAGGCGUACCACUAUGCGCAGACGUCGCGCUUCCUCAUGCGCUCGCAGCUCGACUGUGAAGACCCCCGGCUGCCGAACCGCACAUUUGACCUGAAGACGCGCGCGUGCGUCUCGGUGCGCCACGACCGCGCCAACUAUGCCGAGGCAUCUGGCUACCAAGUCGACCAGGCGCACGGUCUCUGGAGCUCGUUUGAGCGCGAGUACUGGGAUAUGGUCCGUGCCGCAUUCCUCAAGUACAACUUCCAAGCCCGCAUCGGCAACAUGGACGGCAUCUUUGUCGCCUACCACAACACGGCGCAGAUCUUUGGCUUCCAGUACAUUAGCCUCGAGGAGAUGAGUGUCCGGCUCUUUGGCAGUGCCGAGAUGGGCGAGUUGGCCUACCGCCUCUCGCUGGGUCUCUUGGAAAAGGUGCUGGACGCCGCGACCGAGCAAUUCCCCGACGAGUCCAUCGGCGUCACGCUCGAAACGCGCGCUGGAGCGAGUGCCAUGACGGUGCUGGUCGAGAAUGCGGAUGCAUCGCGCAUCAUGCAGCUGGACGUCACGAUGGACCGCUAUCUGAACGAUGCGCUGGUGCGUGGCCCGGUCGACCCUGCCUCGCUCAACGGUCCGAUGACUGAUGCGCAGCUGGAAGAGGUGCGCAACGGGCGCUCGGCCAAGACGUCGCUGUCGGACCUGCAGUGGCACGUCGACUACUGCAUUACGCCCCGCCACGAGCUCAACCAGGAGCAGAUGCGCAGCAAUCUGCAAGAUAUCCGCCAGCGCCAGCAAACGCUCCAGGCGAUGUGCAUUCCCAAUGUCGACUCGCUCAACGAGCGCGAAGGCGAGCGUGUGGAUGCGCUUGCGCAGUAUGAGCCUGCGCUGAUACGCUUCCUUGAGGAGCGUGAGAACGGUAAGGCGAUCGGUAUGCCCCGCGCGCCCGGCCAGCUCACGACCCGCGAAGUGAUGCAGCGCAAAGGCAUGACCCUCGCGCAGACCGUGCCCAAGCCCGCGGUCGUCGUCGAAGAGCAGUCGGUCAAGUGGCAGCGCCUGCCCGACGGCACGACGCGCCGCCUGCGUGAGCUCAGUCGUGAAGGGGCCGAGGAAGCGAAGGCGGCACGCGCCUCGGAGCGUCCUAUUUUGUACCAUAGACUAUAG